AGGAGCGAAGCUCUGGCCCGGCGCGGAGUACGCGCUCUACGGGGACGCUGGGCCGGGCACCGGGUUGUGUGGAGAAGUGAGCGCGCUCGCCUGAUCCCGUCCUCGCCACUCCGAGCCAGAAGGGGCGAGCUCCUGAGGCCCUCGUCCUCCGCAACCUCCGCCCGGCGGCGUCGGCGUGCCCUCGGCCCGGCCAGCUUGCAGCCGCCUACCCUCCCGUGCCCCCGCCCUGCCGCCCCUUGUCCGCCCAGCGGCCGGGUCUGUGGUGUUAGCAACCCGAACAAGACCACUCAAGGUGAAGGAUAUCUACUAAUACCAGCACUUUGAAUGAAAAUUUGUUUCUCUGCCACAAACUGAACACUUUUGUGUGUGUCUUGGGGGGGGAGUUGAAACACAAAUCUAAUUUUGUGGCAUAGCAGCUAUGCAGCUUGAAAUCCAAGUAGCACUAAAUUUUAUUAUUUCAUAUCUGUACAAUAAGCUUCCCAGGAGACGUGUCAACAUUUUUGGUGAAGAGCUCGAAAGACUUCUUAAGAAGAAAUAUGAAGGGCACUGGUAUCCUGAAAAGCCAUACAAAGGAUCAGGGUUUAGAUGUAUACACGUAGGGGAGAAGGUGGACCCAGUGAUUGAACAAGCAUCCAAAGAGAGUGGUUUGGACAUUGAUGAUGUUCGCGGCAAUCUGCCGCAGGAUCUUAGUGUUUGGAUCGACCCAUUUGAGGUUUCCUACCAAAUUGGUGAAAAGGGACCAGUGAAGGUGCUUUAUGUGGAUGAUAAUAAUGAAAAUGGAUGUGAGUUGGAUAAGGAGAUCAAAAACAGCUUUAACCCAGAGGCCCAGGUUUUUAUGCCCAUAAGUGACCCAGCCUCAUCAGUGUCCAGCUCUCCAUCUCCUCCCUUUGGUCACUCUGCUGCUGUAAGCCCUACCUUCAUGCCCCGGUCCACUCAGCCUUUAACCUUUACCACUGCCACUUUUGCUGCCACCAAGUUCGGCUCUACCAAAAUGAAGAACAGUGGCCGAAGCAACAAGGUUGCACGUACUUCUCCUAUCAACCUCGGCUUGAAUGUGAAUGACCUCUUGAAGCAGAAAGCCAUCUCUUCCUCAGUGCACUCUCUGUAUGGGCUCGGCCUGGGUAGCCAGCAGAAGCCACGGCCACAGCAACAGCCAUCCCAGCCACCGCCGUCACCACCACCGCAGCAGCAGCAACAGCAGAAAACCUCCGCUCUUUCUCCUAACGCCAAGGAAUUUAUUUUUCCUAAUAUGCAGGGUCAAGGUAGUAGUACCAGUGGAAUGUUCCCAGGUGACAGCCCCCUUAACCUCAGUCCUCUCCAGUACAGUAAUGCCUUUGAUGUGUUUGCGGCCUACGGAGGCCUCAACGAGAAGUCUUUUGUAGAUGGCUUGAAUUUUAGCUUGAAUAACAUGCAGUAUUCUAACCAGCAAUUCCAGCCUGUUAUGGCUAACUAAAAAAAGAAAAGAUGUAUUGUACAAGUUAAAAUGCUCGGACCCAAGGGGGAUGUUUUUUUUUUUAUAACCUCCUUGAGAUUUUUUUUUUUAAGCUUAUAGUAAG